ACUUUUAUUUUUUUUAAAUUAACAGAAAUUCGUGUCAAUUGGCAAACCAUUGUUGUCGGUAGUUGAUGGGUACGAAGGCAUGGCAAACGAGGUUGCUGAUAUUGGUUUUCUGGUGGAGGCUAACGUGCGCCGUCUUCGUACCCUUUAGGGUUCCGUUCUGUCCCAAGGUCUCCGUUUCCGACGCGAUCUUUGAUUCCCGAGACUCCUAUUGUCCUAUUACCUUUGCUGAUGUUGAAUCUAUCGACUUCCUUGGCUUUACCGAGGGAGAUGAGGUUUCAUUGCAAAGGGCGCUUAAUAUGGUUUACAAGAACAGCCAUGAAUAUGUAGCUGUGCUUUUCUAUGCAUCUUGGUGCCCCUUUUCAAGGUCUUUUAGACCAAGCUUCAAUAUCCUUUCUUCUUCGUAUCCUUCUAUUCCUCAUUUUGAUAUAGAAGAGGCAGCUGUCAGGCCAAGCAUACUCUCAAAGUAUGGAGUUCACGGGUUUCCUACUCUUUUCCUUUUAAAUUCCACAAUGCGUGCACUUUAUCAUGGAAACCGUUCUCUGGAAUCUCUCAGUGCAUUCUAUGGUGAUGUCACUGGCAUUAAGAACUCUCUGGAUAAAAUAUCACUGGACAAAAUCAGACACUCAUCAAAUCAUGAGAAGCAUAAUAGCACUGAGCAGGAAAGCUGUCCAUUCCCGUGGGCAAGAUCUCUGGAGAAUUUACUUCGACAAGAGACAUAUUUGGCUCUGGCCACCACUUUUGUGCUUUUAAGAUUGCUUUACUUGUUGUAUCCAACUUUGCUUGUAACUGCACAGCUAUCUUGGGGACGGUUUAUCCGAAAUGUGAAAUUUGGGGCUUUGUUGGAACAUCCCGUGGCAUAUCUGAAACGAGUGAUUCAACUGAUUAAUUCCCUGAAGGAACCUUGCAAGAGAAGCAAUUUGCAAGGCGCAAUGAAUGCUAGAGCAUGGGCCUCUAAAUCCCUUGCAACUGUUUCAAUCGGCGAUGCCAACACAAGCAGUGCUGUGUCUACAACCGGAUGUCACUAACUCUUUUGCUGGUGUUAUAGGUAUAUUUGUUUCCUAUGCAAUGUUUGGCUACCAUCUCCGGGAAGCAGGAUCCCUUUUGUUUCACGAGUUCAUACACCAGAUUGAGUAUUAAUUUGAAUUAUGCUAUGUUAUAUUGACCAUGCACUAGUUAUUUAUCAUUUGUUGAUAUGAUCUAGAAUACAUGUUUACACAUAAAGCGGCACUGCAACUUGUGAAUAGGCUACUUCCAAGAACCGCAAUGAGUUCCACUGUUAAUGAAGCUGUUACUUGGCUUCUUUAAAGCAUGUUGCAACUUUUUGUUAAAUAAUAGUAGACCUGAAUUCCAUGUAA